UGUUCCGUUCCUGUGUAGCAUUAUAUAUAGUGAUUUCUUGUUCAUACCAAUCUUCCCCACCUUCCAUCGGUUUUUGCUUCUCUUGCAAUAGCCCUUCAACUUCUCCUUCCUUGCGAAAUUGUAUUCGUGGAAGGGAGAAAAAAAAAAAUGGAACCAAUCUGAAUUUCGGUCUUCUUGUCGUUCUCCUGUUUCUAGGAUAGAGCUGAUAACUUGUUGCAAGCAUGGCUGUCUCUGGGGCUCGUGACAAUAGAGGGGAGGUGAGAAUCCAUGAAAGUUUGGAUGAGCUUAGCGCCAUUUUGGCAGACUAUAUUGCUGAAUUAUCAGAGGCAUCGGUGAAGGAGCGGGGUGCCUUUGCCAUUGCGUUGUCCGGUGGUUCUCUUGUUGGCUUAAUAGGAAAACUCUGUGAAGCUCCGUACAACAAGACUGUAGACUGGUCCAAAUGGUAUAUAUUUUGGGCUGAUGAGCGUGUUGUGGCCAAAAAUCAUACUGACAGCAAUUAUAAGCAAGCGAAGGAUGGCCUAUUGUCCAAGGUUCCUAUAGUUCCCAGUCAUGUGCAUUCUAUUAAUGACUCAGUGUCGGCUGAGGAGGCUGCUGAGGAGUACGAGUUUUCCAUUCGUCAAUUAGUGAAAACUCGUGUGGUCGGUGUGUCCGAGAUUGGUGACUGCCCUAAGUUUGACCUUAUUCUCCUUGGAAUGGGCCCUGAUGGCCAUAUUGCCUCACUAUUCCCUAACAACUCGGUGCUCAAUGAAAGAGAUGAGUGGGUAACUUUUAUUACAGACUCUCCCGAACCCCCACCGGAGAGAAUCACAUUCACUUUGCCUGUCAUCAACUCAGCCUCCAAUGUAGCCAUGGUUGUAACAGGUGACAGCAAAGCAGAGGCUGUGCACUUGGCAAUUGACGAUGUGGGACAUGACUGUCCGUCACCUCCCGCGAGGAUGGUCCAGCCAAUGAAAGGGAAGUUGGUAUGGUUUUUGGACAAGCCAGCUGCAUCAAAACUUGACCGUUCUCAAUUUUCUGAGUAGGUUUGAGCUUGGGUAUGCUCAUAUGUAGUGGUGGGAUUAAGACCCCUUUGGAUUAUCUUCUUUCCCAUUUUUGCCUUUUCCUCUUCGGGUUAAAUUCUCCAUUUUGCCUUUCCUUGCUCUCUUAUUCAGCAAGGCUUGGAGAAGUGUGAUUAUCCUUCUUUUUGUUUUUUUUUUUCCUGUAAGAAGAGGUGUUAAUAAGAUUGCGGCCUCAAUUCCAAAGCUUUUUGUUAAUACGAGGCUUGGCAUUGUUAUGUUUAUUAACUUAUUAUUAAGUGUGCUUGGUGGCAUAAUGGCUACUGUCCACAACAGGAUAAGUUAAUCGUUGAA